AUGACGGAUUUCCCGAGCGCAAACGUUGACGAGCACAUGACUCCCGAUGGGAAGAUUCGAGUUGAAGAUCCCGCAGAGUUCUUGAAACGACAACCCAAGAAAAGCAUCCUGAAGAUGAAGCAGGAGGUUUCGUUGGAUGGCAAAGAAGGGCGGGCACAUUUCGAUGAGAUGAACAUUUUGGCCACUUAUCAUCCUACGGAUAAAGACUAUGGAAAUAUGAAGAUCGAUGAGCCUAAAACCCCGUACAAUUACUCUGAUUGUGAAUCGGAAGGUGACGACGCAUCUUCUGCCCAAGCUAGUCGCCCCCGUCGGGUAUCACUUGGGGGUGCUGUAGACCCAGAGGAGGUGGCGGAAGGUCUUCACAAUGUUACAGGCAGUGGAUCUGUCAAAUCAAUUGGAUCUGGUACAGAUAGCGAUGAUGAUGAAACUCAUCUUACUCCAGAACAGAUAGCACAUAAGCGGGAAUUUGAGAAGAAAAGAAGGAUGCACUACAACGAGGGUGCAGCGCUAAAGGCGAUGAAAGCACAAUUGGAGGAUGAAGACAUGGAAUAG